AAAAACUAUCUAUCCAGAUCCCGUGUCCACUUUUUUUAACUGGGUUAUCUGUCUUUUCAUUGUGAAGCAGAGUCCAUUUUCAUGGAUCGAGGAAUGGCGGCUCACGUAAGCCAGAACCGCCUCAGAGCCAAGGGCGUGGGCCAACACCACAAUGCCCAGAACUACAAUAACCAGAACUAUGAGGACCUGCAAGCAGCCUGUCUGAGGAGGGGAGAACUGUUCGAGGACUCCUUUUUCCCCGCCGAACCCAGUUCCCUGGGCUUCAAGGAUCUGGGCCCCAGCUCCAAAAACGUGCAGAACAUCUCCUGGCAGCGGCCUGGUCAAAUCACAAGCAAUCCUCACUUCAUUGUGAACGGGAUCAGUCCAACAGACAUCUGCCAAGGCGUACUUGGGGACUGCUGGCUGCUGGCUGCCAUCGGCUCCCUUACCACGUGCCCCAAACUGCUGUACCGUGUGGUACCCAGGGGGCAGAGCUUCAGGAAGAACUACGCUGGCAUUUUCCAUUUUCAGAUUUGGCAGUUUGGGCAGUGGGUGGACGUGGUGGUGGACGACCGGCUGCCCACCAAGAACGGCAAGCUGGUGUUCGUGCAUUCCGCUGAGCGCACUGAGUUCUGGAGUGCCCUGCUGGAGAAGGCAUAUGCCAAGCUGAAUGGGUCCUAUGAAGCACUGUCGGGGGGCAACACCGUGGAGGGCUUUGAGGACUUCACGGGGGGCGUGACCUAUAGCCUCCAACUCCAGAAGCCCCCUCGGAACCUGCUGAGGAUGCUUAGGAAGGCCGUCGGGCGAUCCUCCCUCAUGGGCUGCUCCAUCGAAGUCACCAGCGAUACCGAGUUGGAGACUUUGACCCAGAAGAUGCUGGUGAGGGGGCAUGCUUACUCCGUGACCGGCCUCCAGGACGUCUCGUACCAAGGCAGGACAGAGACCCUGAUUCGGGUCCGGAAUCCCUGGGGCCGGAUCGAGUGGAACGGAGCCUGGAGUGACAACGCCAGGGAGUGGGAAAACGUGGCACCCGACGUCCAGAAGCAGCUCCUGCUCAGGAAGGAGGACGGGGAGUUCUGGAUGUCCUACGAGGACUUCCUGGACAACUUCACGCUGCUGGAGAUCUGCAACCUGACGCCCGAUGCCCUCGCGGGGGACCACAAGAGUUCCUGGCACACCACCUUCUAUGAGGGCAGCUGGCGACGUGGCAGCACUGCGGGGGGCUGCAGGAACCACCUUGACACGUUCUGGAGCAACCCCCAGUUUAGGAUCUCUCUCCCCGAGGAGGACGACGACGACGACCCAGAGGACGACCAAGCCGUCUGCACCUGCCUGGUGGCCCUGAUGCAGAAGAACUGGCGACGGGCGCGGCCCCAAGGAGCCCAGCUGCAGACCAUUGGCUUUGUCAUCUACAUGGUCCCAAAAGAGUUUCAGAACAUCCAGGAUAUUCGCUUGAAGAAGGACUUCUUCAUAAAGUAUCAGGACCAUGGCUUCUCAGAGAUCUUUACUAACUCACGUGAGGUGAGCAGCCAUCUCCGGCUGCCUCCGGGGGAGUAUGUCAUCAUUCCCUCCACCUUUGAGCCACACAGGGAUGCUGACUUCCUGCUUCGGGUCUUCACAGAGAAGCACAGCGAGUCCUGGGAACUGGAUGAAGCCAACUAUGCUGAGCUACUCCAAGAGGAGAAAUUCUCUGAGAAGGACAUAGAUCAGGACUUCAUACACUUGUUUGAGAUAGUGGCAGGAGGAGAGGGCAAGGAGAUCGGCAUGUAUGAGCUACAGAAGUUGCUCAACAAGGUGGUCACCAAACUCAGAAACUUCAGGACCACGGGCUUCGGCCUAGACGUGUGCCGCUGUAUGGUCAACCUCAUGGAUAAAGAUGGCUCUGGCAAGCUGGGGCUUCCCGAGUUCCAGAUCCUGUGGAAAAAAAUCAAGAAAUGGACGGACAUCUUCCGAGAGUGUGACGAGGACCACUCAGGCAGCUUGAACUCCUAUGAGAUGCGCUUGGCAAUCGAAAAAGCAGGCAUCAAGCUGAAUAACAAGGUGUCGCAGGUGCUGGUGGCCAGGUACGCAAACGACGACAUGAUCGUGGAUUUUGACAGCUUCAUCAGCUGCUUCCUGAGGCUGAAGGCCAUGUUCACUUACUUUCUGUCCAUGGACCCCAAGAAUACUGGCUAUAUUCACCUGAAUCUGACCCAGUGGCUGCAGACAACCAUGUGGGGAUAGAGGAGCUCCAGGAGCCUGGCUCCCAUCACCACCACCACCAGUGUGGGGCUUCUGGCCCCAGAGCAGGGCCUUCUUUGCUGCGCUCGGCUCUGCGGUCUCUGCUGAUGGAAUGGGCUCCAGCUAGUAGCACCCGGGCCCCGGAUGCUGAGCUUCCUCCAUCGCCACCCUCCCAUCGCCACCCUCCCAGCCCAACGUGUUUCUCUUUUUCCCCAGCCUGCUUCUGGUGGCUGGAUUCCCCCGUGUCUCUCUCUCUCUCUCUCUGAGUAUAUUUUCCCGAGAUUAAGUGUCACUUCCGCAGUGGCUGUGGAGGCUCUCCACACUUUCCUGCUCACACCCUCCCGCUCACUGGCCUCCUGGCCCAGCCCCUCUCUUCUCUGCCUCACUUGGGGGCGUUAUAAUAAACAGCCCAUGCCGCUGGCUUCCAUGUCCCGUGUUUCUAUGCCAAGAAAAUUCUGGCGGGGGUGGAAAUCACUUCCCCAGCCCCAAAGAGGGGCCCCACUAGCUCUCAGGGUGUCACCCUACUUCCAGGGAAGAAUGUGUGACUGUUACAAAGACUAGAGGGCGCUGUUGACAUUUAUGUGCGGCACGAGGGAUGCUAAAGGCACAGCAGUCCCUCCCGGCGGACUGUACUGAGCAGGGUACCAAGGAGCAGCAUGGGAGGAGACCGCACUGGGCAAAGUUAGGGGCCCAUAGGGCCCUAGCCUCCUCUCUCCUCCCCUGGGGUCUCCAAAGGUGACAAUGCAGGUGUCUCAAAGGUCAAAAAUCCAUCACCCCCACCAGCUAGCAGAUCAUAGAAAUGAACGGACCCUCCUGGGUGUGAGGCCAGGAGGGCUGAGGACUGUGGCCACAGGUGAGUUCCUGCCUGCAUAGAAGGCGUUCUGGUUCAAAUCAUUUUUAUUUUUAUUUAUUUAUUUAUUUUUUUUUUUUUAAAGAUUUUAUUUAUUUGACAGAGAGAGACACAGCGAGAGAGGGAACACAAGCAGGGGGAG